AGUGAGGAUCGCUAUUGACAACUAAGGAAAAAUGUUUAUUUACUGUUUAUCAUGAAGUUUGCGCUCUCCACAAGUGUCUCAGUGGUCAAUGGUCCAACACAGAGUUGAAAUGGGAACCUUAGAGCUGGUGAAUGAGUAAGAGAAAGCUGAAUAAGCCUUGUAGUGGGAUAAUAUCGGCGUGUUUGGCAGGCGGAGGGGAUGGCCGAGCAGCAGCAGCAGGGAGGAGGGCAGCCCAGGCCAGGGACUCUCAGCAUGUCAGGGGCUGUUCCAGGUCGACGAAGCAACCUCCGCUUGGCGUUUCCUGGUCAGGGAAGACCCAAUAAUGACCGUCCACAGAACAACCUUGACUUCCCUGCCUCCGGAUACCCUGCGACACAGAUGUUUGCACCUCCACCACCACCACCACCUCCACCUCCGCCCAGAAACACAGCCCUGAGCUCAUCUGGUCGGCUGGGCGGUGCCUCUGGUUGCACCUCUUCUGCUUUCGGUGGCUGCUCCACCUCUGCAGCGUCCACUAGUAGCACCGGUAACUCAGUCACAGCCACCCCAAACUCCCUCUCCCUGGGCAGCGUGGGGCCCACUGGAGGCCAGCCAAACAACCGUGAUCAGAAAAAGAAGCACUUGGUCCUGCACUUGCCUCCCCCACACAACCACCACCAUCACCACAACCACCACUCGCACGCUCAGCACCACCACCACCACCACCACCAUCACCACCACCAUCGCCACGUCCUCCACCACGAAGGCUUGAGGGACCGCGGGCACAAGAGUGCUAGGACCAUGACGACUGUUCCACCCCAGCCAAGGGACAGGAUUACUCGGGGGAUUUACCAGAGCAUCCAGUCAUCCGGCAAACUCAAAAUCUCACCUGAAUUGCAAGUUGAGUUCACAGCGGACGACCUUCGUGAUUUAGGGGAGAUUGGAAGAGGAGGUUUUGGCACUGUCAACAAAAUGGUGCAUCGUAAGAGUAACACAAUCAUGGCUGUUAAGCGUAUCCGUUCAACAGUUGAUGAGAAGGAACAGAAGCAACUCUUGAUGGAUUUAGAGGUAGUCAUGCGAAGCAACGACUGCCCUUGUAUUGUUCAAUUUUAUGGUGCCAUAUUCAAGGAGGGUGACUGUUGGAUAUGCAUGGAGCUUAUGGACACGUCACUUGACAAGUUCUAUAAAUUUAUAUAUGAACGUUUACAUGAACGUCUUCCAGAAAACAUGCUUGGAAAAAUAACUGUUGCAACACUAACAGCACUAAACUAUUUAAAGGAGAAGUUGAAAAUAAUCCAUCGUGAUGUGAAGCCAUCUAACAUUUUAUUGGAUAAGCGCGGCAAUAUCAAGCUCUGUGAUUUCGGCAUUUCUGGCCAGCUUGUGGAUUCCAUCGCCAAGACAAGAGAUGCUGGAUGUAGACCAUAUAUGGCACCGGAACGUAUAGACCCAGCCAGAGCCCGGGGAUAUGACGUUCGCUCUGAUGUGUGGUCCCUCGGUAUCACCCUGAUGGAGCUGGCCACAGGGAGUUUCCCGUAUCCCAAGUGGAAUUCUGUUUUCGAGCAGCUAACGCAAGUAGUGCAAGGAGAGCCACCACGUCUUUCACCCAACGAGAAUGGCAAUACUUUCUCCGAGGAGUUUGUUAGUUUUGUUAAUACAUGCUUAAUAAAAGAUGAAAGCUCACGACCCAAGUAUAAACAGCUCCUCGAGCACGAGUUUGUCGUGCGAUCGAGAGAGGACCCCAUGGACGUGACAGAGUUUGUUAGCGGCAUUCUGGACAAGAUGGCAAACAACGGACGUGUCAUGUAUACUUACGAUUCUUACAACUGCUGAUGAACUUACUGUCAUAGCACUUGUCUCAUCAUUUUUAACUCUGGGACUACGAGUGGAACAAACUUGCUCUGGGGCAAGUUUAAGCCGUGCAGCAUUUAUAUUUUAUAUGUAGGCUGAAUAAUGCCAGCUUUGCAAAGAGAGAGAGUAAAAAGAAAUGUUUGGAGUUUAAAUGCCAGCUUUUAUAUGGCAUUUACGAGUGGCACUGUGUGGCAGCAAAAAUGGACUGGUUUACUGAUUGACUGUGAUGUGACACCCAGUGUAUGUAAAACGAAGAAUUUUUUUUUUUUUUCAGUUAUAAGAGUUAUGUAGAAGUUUGUCGAAAAAAGAAAUGGGUGCAGAUAUGAGCCUUAUACAUAGGUAAGAAAAUGGGAUAACAUUGGGUUAUAAAAGGAGACUCGUGCAGGUAGUUGUGUUGUCGUCGCAGAGUAGUUGGCUGGAAUAGUUUUAGAAGCUGUUACAAAUAGCAUUUCUGAUGCAGAGUUCUCUACUGAAUGAGGGGAAUGGUCACCAAAAGAGGAACCAGCAGAAGUGACUUUUAAAAUCAGAAUUUGCCAUUACCACUGGUACAUUAUUGUAGUGAACCUGAUUGUUCCAUUUCUAAGAAUUAAAAAAAAAAAAAAGAAAAAAAGUAACAUAGACUCAAAUUAAUAGUAUCAUAACACUCAUUUAGGUUUUAAAAUAUUUAGAAAGAAGCCUAUUUUAGUGCCAUUGUUAUAUAGUGUGACUAUGAUUAAAAAUGAAAAAAAAUAUUUAUUUAUGAUAUAGGGUGUUGAAUUGAAGAUCCCUAGGGUGAUUAUAACAAGAUUUUUUGGUAAGAAAGAGAACUCCUUGAAAUAGGCUUUGAUUGCUUGGCUGUGGUUCUUGGAGUGUUCCUAAAUGACAUUUGAAACUGCUUGCUUCGUGGUUGCAAAUCAAAAUGCCCAGAUGGAGGUGUCAGCGCCACCUGGUGGGAGGGGAUGUAAGAAAGCUGCAGAAAAUUGCAAAACAGGAUACAUUCAUGUGGCUCUUCACAUGUGAUUGUUUGUUCACUAUUUCAUAGUUUAAAAGUAUUCAGUGCCAUUAUCUAUGGUAUCAUCAAAAUGUGUAAAUAGAUAUACAUUUUUACAUUCCCAGUGGUAAAAAAACUUUUAAAGAUAACCUCAAGAAUAAAAUCUCUGUUGUUUUUUGACACUCGCAACAACCACCAGCACCCGAGCUCAGCGAUCAAAGUAAUUUUAGCAAAGUUCUGUGAUUCUGCCUGCGAGUUGCACCUCACUUGUAUGUAGUAAAGAGGGGGUCCUUGCCAUAGUAUUAUUUUGAAACCUUACAGUUCGAAACAGUUUUGUCCUUUUAUUGAAAGUUUAAUGUAUAUUUUUUCAUAAUGAAAGUAAAAAUGGGGUGACUUCUCUACAACAGCAAGACAUUGAUUGCAGAUUGGGAAACUGUUAUGAAUUUAAGUAAGGUUUCUCUAUCUUUUGAGUGGUGCUUGGAAGUCAGCUUAGAGCUGCACUAGGAACUAAUCAUUGUUUCAUAGACUCAAUAUAUUGUAGCCCUUGAGGGUGAUGCAAUAAUUGUAAAUAGGCUAAAAACCAGUGUAAUUUCUUUUUGCAUCUUGGAAUGUUCACUUGUAUUCAAGGCAUAAAUGUACUUGUGCGACCCAAAGCUCCAUAUGUUGUGACUGUGAAGCAAUGAAACCAGCCUUCUCAUCGUCAGUACCUGAAGCUUAAAGACUUAUGGUGAAGAAUAUGUUAUCAGCUGAUGGUGGACAUUGACAAGAUAUACUCACAGGGAGACAGGACAGUUGGGUCACCUGAGUGUUUCCGCUAGAUUUGUUUUUCAUUACUUCUCUUCUCACCCCUCUCUUACACUUUCUGCACCACACAUGUCAUCCCUGUUUACACUGCCUUACUGCAACCUGCUUCAUCCUAACUUCAUGCUAUAUCACCCAGCCAUGCUAUAAUACCUUUAUAUUCUUGAGAGUAGUACAGCUGUAUUACUCCUCCUCCAUUAUACACACAGCCAUGCUCCCUGCUUUCUGCUUCUUGAUUUUCUUCAUCACCCCACAGUGCUUUACUAAUCCCCUUUCUCAUUACAUGCACCACAGCAGCACUUUCUAUAGCUCCUUACAGCAGUAAACAGUACUUAACACAAACUCCAUCUUAGUGUAUUGCUCAUCAUAUCAUCCUCUACAAAGACAACAUAACAAACUUUUGUCAAAUGAACACUUUUCUUUUUAUAACACAUACAGACACACACACACUCACACACACUGCUCCACCAAUGCUCACAUCUUGUCUGUUUGAGUAAAGCUUUUAAGAUUCAUCAUCAUAGUCCAUGUAGUAAAUACUAAUUCGGGGAAAUGACAAGUCCAGCGUAUGAUAGUUUUACAGAACAUAUUUCAUUAUUGUUCGGAUCCACUACAAUUUCGUUUUUGUUUUUGUUACCUUAUAAAGAGUAGAAUUUGCCAAUGUAAUUUGUUUUGGAGAUAUUGGAAUAUAUGUCUACACAUCAUUAGCCACUUCACCAACAAGAAACAUUGCUAGGAGUUAUUAUAAGUAACAAGCAAGCCACCACAAAAGGCCAUCAUCUUUUCCUAUUACCAAUGUACUGCCUCAUUCCUACCCACUGCAGAACUAUUUUCCAAGUUCCCUCUCUGUUGGCAGUUCCUUCAGUGCCUGAAUUCACCUAGAGAGUUAGUCUCACACAAAACUAUAUUCAUAGCUGUACACACAAAUAUUUGUACUCUAUUUGUCAGUAUGUAGGAGGAAAUUUUUGGAAUACUUUUGCUUCCUUUGGAGAGACUUGUGCCUGUUUUCAUCUUAGACCCAAGUUGCUGGAUGUUGAAGUGGUAUGUUAGGAGAAUGGACUAUGUAUCUUACAUAUUUGCACUGACCUGACUUCAGUACAUUAAAUACCAGCUGACUAAAGAUUAAUGUUCCAUUUACUCACACACUAGUAUAUUUUUACAUAGGUAAUAAGAUCUAAAAGACAUGUGUUUAGUAUUUGCUGAAUUUAUUGUUUUUCUUAGGUAUGUCAGUGAUCCAGUUAAUGGUGCUUGGCAUAUUUCUCUUUUCUUCUCUCUUCUCUCUUUAGUAUCCAGUUUUUUUUUUUUUUUUUUAUAAAAGGCAUGCAUAAUGUGAUGCUGAUAAUCUGUGCACUGAAGAUCUAUUUAUCUGGUAUUCUCUCUCUCUCUCUCUCUCUCUCUCUCUCUCUCUCUCUCUCUCUCUCUCUCUCUCUCUCUCUCUCUCUCUC